AUGUCAAGCGUUUUCAUAGAUAGAGUGCCCGCGUGUCCGCCCAACAGCUCUCCCGAGAAUUGCCAGCAAUUGACUAUCGCUAACGAGAUGUUCAUACUUAGACUUAUGGACACAAACACUACACAAGAGUCCACUGUUAUCUACAAACCCAACAAACGGAACCAAUUAGACUUGCUUUUGCCCAAAGACUAUCCCUGGAAUAUGACGGUCACUGACUUCUGGCCUCAAGAGUGGGAUCACAUGCCUCUUAGCGAACGGCCGGCCGUUUAUUACGCAAAGACCUACGAAAUGAUGUAUAUUAUAAAGAGUGGUCUAAUAGACGCGGAACUGCUCUUCAAUCCGAUUUCAUCGGUAAACUGGUAUAAGAAGUUCCAGAGAUCUAAACUCAACACAACCGUCCGUUUUAUCGGAAUGUUUACUAUCGAUAACAGAGUGAUUGCCGUCGGUAUCGAUCCUAAAGACACGACCAAUGAGUACCGCAUUUACGAACUCAAUGACAAUGAAAGACAAUACGCUUUCAAACCAUCAGGACACACUUUGAAGAAAUUUCUCGGUUGUGUGGCUAACGUUCCGAAUCCACCGCCGGAUACAAACACUGUAACCAAUACUAUGGCUACAAUCGGUUUCAGUUCUUCAUCAGUGUCUCCGCAACUAAACAGAGGACCGGAUAGCGAAGGAAAGACGAGUUCGACGACUAUUGUAAUAGUGGUGACCGUAAUCUUGAUUGUGGUAAUAGUGUUGAGCGCCGUUAUAUACUUCUAUAUCCGACGCAAUGCGAACACUGAAACCAUUGCUCAGCGAAAAAAGAUGUCUGAAAAGGAAAGCAAAGCCACCGAUACUGAGACCAGAUUGAUGUCCAUCGAGACCAUCAACUCUUCCACUGGAUUUAAAGACAAAUAA